AUGACGGAGAUUUCCUCUCUUAACCUGGGUCAGCGGUUUCAUGAUUACACAACAUCUUUCCUCGCGGAUCGCAAGGCACAGCUCCGACUAGGCACGGUCACGGGAGGGCCCUACGAACUAGGCACCUGCGGCACCCCGCAGGGCUUGGGCCUCUCGCCACUCUUAUUCAAUAUAGCCAUGCACAAACUCUCCACUCGCCUGGCUGCAAACCUGAACUGCACAUCUCCUGGUGCCACCUGGUAUCUUCUCUACCGAAACGAGAAGCAAGGACCUUUUGGGGCGGGAGACAGCUGCCUGAGGGACACCCAGAUGAGCAAGGUGGUUGAUGGGAAGGCCCUGUUCCGCUUGCGCUACGGGAAUGGCCACGAAAGGAAUGCUACAUUCACAUACAAGUCUUCUGACGGACGAAAUUUUAACACCUUGCAGACUCAGUUGGAUGGCGCUUCACGUGUGGCAAAGUACGAGAUGCUGUUCGUGGACUGUGCCCACUGCAGGAUCGUGAAGGAACAAAAAGGCUCCAAAUGUCUGCUUUCGGUGCGAGAAUCCUCCCUCCGGCGCGGCGUUCCCCAGCAUUGCCACUUUCUCUACGACCUGCUCUGCCGGCCAUCGUCAAAGUACCAGGUCUCGGACUCCAGCUGCCUCCAAAACGGUCCGAAGUUGGGCUAAAUGAUUUCAAAACGACAGUUCUCUCGCUAGCACAGACCCUUGAACGC